UAAUUCUUAGUUUGUUUCAAAAAUGCACAUUGCUUGGUUUAAUGAUCUAAAUUUGGCCUUCGUUGUGGUGCAAGCGUCCACCCACUUUGAUGUGAUAGCUCGAUCAAACUCAGCAUAUAUGUGUAUGUGAGCACGUGUGAGCAUGUGUGUGUGAGAAAGCGUACCAGAGUGGGAGUUAUCUGCAACGUUGCCUCCUCAGCCAUUGCUCAGCAUCUUAUCUCACAUAGAUUCUUCUCUUACCUGUUCUCCAGCUAGAGUUCAGGCCUUCAGGACUGCAUGAACAUGACUGACAAAUGUAUGUCAUACCCCUCGGUGUUUGUAGUGGACAGCGGUACCAACUUACCCCCGCCGCUUCCCCCUAAACCAGGAUUAACACGGAUGAAGACCCGGAGGAACCUCCUGGUCCAGAAAACGCUCAUUGUGCUGGUGCUCCUGUCUUUCUGUGGCUUAGCAGUGGAGGGUUAUUUCAUCUACAAGCUUCACCAGGCUAACAGCAACUCUACAUCUAAUGGUGAUCAGCCCAAGACUGCAGCACAGAAAGGAGACCAUAUAAACCCAAUACCUGUCACCAGGAAGCCAAAGCCACCGACAAUCCUGCCGCCGCCAAAACCUCUGGCACAUCUGGCAGCUCUUAAUAAACCUGAAAAUGAAGGAAUCAUGAAAUGGAAUGACGAUGGACAGUCCCUCCUUUAUAAGCUUGAAUACAGAGAUGGAAAGCUGAUCAUUCAGGAAGAGGGCUACUACUAUGUGUAUUCUAAGCUUACCUACGGUGCAGAAGGCCAUUUUUCCCAAGCGGUGGAAAAGAACACAACACGCUACCUGGGAGGUUCCAUCAAGCUCCUUGAAUACCGAAGACACGAUUUAAACUCGGCCAACAAGGGUAGUAUGAGGAACAGCUACCUUGGUGGGGUCUUCCAUCUGUACAAGGGUGAUGCUGUUUUUGUUCAUGUGAAGAAAGGCUCUUCGGUGAAUCUGUCUAAUGCAGCUAACAACUUUUUCGGCAUGUUUAUGCUGUAGAAUGAAUUUACAGUAGAUAUGUAUUUAUAACCAUAGGUGCCAUCUUCAUGGGUGCUCUGGAGUUUAAGAAAUCCUGAUGUUUAGGAAUUUAAAUAUUCCAUCCAAAAAAGUAACACACUCUAAUAUUUUAUUCGAUUGCCUUUAGCAUUGAUUACAGCAUGCAGCGUAGUGACCACAAUUUAAAUUCCAUCAGGGAAGAAAAACUCCAUAGAUGUGUUAAUUUGGUCAUUCAGUACAUUCAGGUCAUCAGCUGAUUUCUACGUUAAAUGUUUUUCAUGAUGUAACUUCAUAAAGGGUUUAAGUAAUCUUCGACCCAACUUCUUCUGCAAAAUUGGUGGUUCAGCACAGUCCUUCCAGUUAAAAAAAUAGUUCUUAUGACAGUUCUUAUGCCAAAUUUAGUACUUUAAGUGUUUUUAUUUGUUUGAUCAAGGCCAAAAAUUUUACUAUUGAAAUGAAGACUUUAUUUGGGGAGGCAGUGUACAUUAGGCUUUUGUUUUUGGUCAGGCUUUUGAAUCAUCAGGUAGACCUAAUGUUCUGUUAAACCUGGGGAAAUUCCCAAAACAGAACAGUGUAGAUUAAUUUGGUUUUUGGAAACACUUUUCAAUUUUUCAGCACAACAAGUAGCAGAACAAGGCUCGAGUCGUGUAACUUUACAUAGUGUUAAUCAAGAUUGCAAACACUUCUCUAACUGAAAAUCUCUAAAACAACCUACUGUACUGUACAAUAUUGUUCAAUUUUUACACUUUUUAUUGAUUAUCAGUCACCAAAAAUGAAAACAGCUCAAACCUAUAGGACAUGCAUACACUGUAUAGACUUAAUAUAUACCACUAGAUAAGAUCAUUAGCUUAUCCAGCAAUCUAAAGUACAUAAACUACAGUAUGUACUUAAAGCACAUAAAUACGUAAAGUACAUUUACAUGUACAUAAAAUAUUACAAAGAGUGCAAGAUCACCAUUCAGCGAGUAUGCAUUGACUGGAGAAAUAUAGUUAGAUUGAUUGGUUAGAAAAAUGUGAAUCAAAAGUAUGUGUACAGUAGAGCUAAACUGUUUUAAUGGCUGCAGAUAGUAUAUGAAAAGUCACAAAUUUUGCAAAAUUGGCAAAAAAGCACUCAUUAUCAUGGCACCUAUGCUUAUAAAAAUAUCGUUACCACAUUAAUAAUAAAUUUCAACUGAUCACGUAAGACCAUUCAUGGAAACCUUUUUUUUUUUUUUGGUAAUCAGAGGUGCAAUAAAUAAAAUGUUCAGACACAAAUGUGUUAAAACUUUUUAUCAGAGCUUUCGGGUCGAAUUAAUUUGUAGCACUUUGAUUUUUGCUUAAAAUAUAAAGUGCAUCAUAAAUAAAAUGUAUUAUUACUAUGAAUAUUAUUAUGAAUAUUAUUAUUAUUAUUACAAACGUCUACACACCUGGAUUGUUUGUAGUCAAGCUGAUAGUCACAUGAUCAGAUCACAGGUAGCAUCACCACCGAAACCUGACAGUUCUAAAUAUUUUAUUUUUUGUACCUUUUUGUUUAAAACAUUAGGCAGAAAAACAAAAGUAAUUUUAAUGUUGGUUUAAUGUUUACCUGCAACUUUGUGGUUUAAAUGUAUAGUUUUGAGCAUACAACAUUCUGCGCACCCUUUUAACACCAUGUCUAAAUAAAAAUAAAGAUGUUUAGUUUGGUUAUGCAUUUAAAUGUAUAUAUUUGUGACUUUCGCAUAAAGGUAAAACAUUCUGAUAAAGUACAAUCAUUGCACUUACUUAAUUCAAU